UUCGUAAGCGUCGCGGUUGACGGAAGGUGAGCGCGGCAUAAAGUUAAAAUAGAGAAAAGCGUUGAAUUGAUAGUGUGGCAAAACAAGAGUUAGUUGAUAACUAAUUAAUAAAUUAUAGCGUGUAGACGUUUUUGCUAUUUUAAUUGAUCAGACGCGCCUAACCGGUUGCUCCCAGCCCCAGCCCCAGAGUGUAACUUUACCAGAUCGAAUUGUUGCUUGGGAAUUCCCAGCAGGCUCCCAAUGGUUGUGUGUGAUUUUUAAUGUUGCUGUGACGGAGUUUUUUUCUUCAAGUGAGAGACGUGUUUAUUAUUUUGCAUAAAUAGUAAUUAAGCAAUGCAAAUUUGUGUAAAGCGUAAAUCCAGUUUGUGCAAUCUUUCCUGCUAAAUAAAAACAAGGCUAAAUCAAAAUUGCAAGUCGGCAAACGUUUUCAAGAGAACCCAUAAAACAAUGGCGUUUACCUGUUGAGCUGCUUUGCAUGCGGCGGAGUUACGAACAACAAAAAAUGGGGAUUUUGUGUGAAAUAUUUUAUUCCUAAAGUGUCAAGAAAUUAACAACAAAUAACUUUGAGCAGAACAAAUAACUUGAUUGAAGCAAAUAUUGUGCUAUAUACUAAGCAAAUAAUUUUUAUAUAUAUCGACAUAGUGGUGCAAAAAAAAUGCAUUUGAAAAUGCAGCCGCACAGUGGACCCGUCUACUGCGGCUUUACGCUAUGCGCAGUCGUCUGCCUGGUUGUCUUUCGCCUAUUGCCCGGCAACUCCUUUGGCGUCUACGCGUUCAAUGAGGAGCGCUAUCAUGAACGGAAUGGACUACACACGCGCUGCAGUUUCUUCGAUACUGUGGAUCUAACGAAUUCCACCAGUUUUCCCAAUGGCAGCUAUGAGUACGCGGGUGUAAUCAUACCCAGCCAUUAUGUAGGCACCUAUGACUAUGUGUACAAGAAUCUGGGCGAUCGCUAUGAUGUGGCACCGCAUAAGCGAGGCUGCAUCUGCGAACUGAAGCCUUGCAUCAACAUGUGUUGUCCCUGGGGCGAAAUCUAUUCCAAGAAUCGCUGCGUUAAGGACAACAAUACGCAACAGGCGUGGCCCGAGCCCAUGAUAAAUGUGACGCUGAGGAACGGCAGCGUGGAAAGCGUCGACAUCUAUAAGCAGUUUGUGGUGCAAAGCUUUAGGCCCUGCACGGAAAUGUAUUCGCUGGCGCCGGAGGUCAACGACUACGAUAAGUACUGGAUAUUCGAGAAUGGCACAAUGUUCCGAGAUGAUGACAAGGUGUUUAUAUAUAAGAACGAGUUCUGUCUGGUGCCCACCAAAGUCAACAGCACGGAUUUGUUUUACGCCAUCAAUCCGGCAAACUGUGAUACGCUCAAUGAAGAUUCCACAGUGAAGAUCAUCAACGGUUUUGCUAUGCUGUUCUCCGUACCUUUUAUGCUGUUGACCAUUGCCGUCUAUUUGCUGGUGCCGGAGCUGCGUAAUCAGCAUGGCAAGUCCUUGGUCUCUUAUCUGUUUGGCUUGUCCUUUGGCUACUCACUGCUGUGCGGUCUGGUGUUGGUGAAAAACAUGGAUCCGUAUGGCAUGACCUGUAAGAUGUUUGGCUACACCGCCUACUUCUUCUUCAUGGCGGCCUUCUUCUGGCUGAAUGUCAUCAGCUUCGAUCUGUGGCACAAUUUCCGCGGCACACGCGGCAUCAAUCGCUUUCAGGAGAAGAAGCGCUUUCUGCUCUACUCGCUGUACUCCUGGGGCUCUGCGCUGGUAUUUCUCAUCUUCACCAUGUUUGUGCAGGAGUAUACCGAUGUGCCCGAUUAUCUCAAGCCUGGCAUAGGUAGCGGUCUGUACUGCUGGCUGGACAUGAAGAGUUGGUCGGCCAUGAUUUACUUCUUUGGACCCAUAUUGAUUAUUAUUGUGGCCAAUACGGUGAUGUUUGUCAUGACGGCCAUCAAGAUACACGGAGUGCAGCGCGAAAUGGCAAGGAUUAUUGCAAGGGAGGAUAGCACCAAGAAUUUGCGUACCGAAAAGGACAAAUUUGGACUGUUCUUGCGACUGUUUUUGAUCAUGGGCGUCACUUGGAUUCUGGAGAUUCUGUCGUACUUUGUGGGCACCGACAAGCAGGUUUCCAAGAUCUUCUACGUCUCGGAUCUGUGCAAUGCCAUGCAAGGCUUUCUUAUCUUUAUGCUCUUUGUGCUGAAGAAGAAGGUCAAGCACCUGAUAACGAACAGACUCUUCAAGCAAAAGUCGCCCGGUUCGAGUCAAUCGAACUCGAGUUCGACCAACUCCACAACAACGGACAGCAGUGCACAGCAGGAUAAGUUAAAAAUGAAGACGUCGGUCAACCUUAGCCAUGGCUUAAAACCACCAGCAGCAGCGGCGGCCGCCAUCAGCAAUGGCAAAGCCAAUCCAAAAAAAUAAUUUAAACAAAUCUCAAAAGAUGCUCGAGCGCACGUGAGGGCAGCAAUCAACGGCAGAGCCAGUACUCGACCAAGACCACGUCCAGCAGUGUGGCCAAUCUGUCGCUGCAGG